GACACAAACUGACCAAUGGGCGAGCGUGCUGAACGGAAAUGGCGAAAUUUGAAUGUUCUGGAGAGGAAAACAGUGGCAAUAAGGCUGUUUCAGCUUCAUGUGGAGAUAAUCUUGCAGAUAUGUUCAAGAGCAGUAACCAUGGAUGAUGAACAGCAUACACAAAAGCAACUUGCUUUGCUUUCUGCAAGACUGAAGAAUAUUAAAUCAAAGCUCUUUGAUGAAGAUGAUACCGACAGCUUAAAACAGAUUUUAAGUUCCAGCUCACCCGAAUCAUGCUUGGCCCAUUUAAAAAACAUAGAGAAGAGAGGCAACCCUCAUACAGAUCCAUGUCUUCUAAAGAAGCUCGUUGACUGUUAUGGUCAUGUGUUUUCUUGUCUACCAGUAGAAAAGAACUGUCGCAAUGAAAGCUAUGCAAUGAUGCUGGUCAAGUUUGCAGAAUUGAAAGCCAUUGAAGACCCCGAUGAAGCACAUGAUUGCUACAACAUAGCUCGGCUGAACGCCAAGGGUUUUGCUUUUGUGCACAUUGCUCAUGCUCAGUUUGAACUUUCUCAAGGCAAUGUGAAGAAAAGUACUUCAAUACUACAGAAGGCAUUGGAAUUAAACGCUAGACCUGCAGAACUUUUGGAGAUGGCACUGCGGAAUUUAAGAUCUGGGAAACAGACAUUGGUGUCCCCUGAAGACAAAGAGAACCUGAUAGUGUCAACGUAUGAUGCACAAGAUUCUGUAAAAAGAAGUCUGGAGUUCCCAAAAAGCAGCAGAAGCAGUGAAGGGACAGGAGAUCUACAGCUGAGUGGUUCAUUCUUUUCUCAAGGUAUGGAUCUGAAGCUUGGGUCCCAAGAAGAACAGGGCACUUGCGGAUGGAAAUCCAGUGCGCACUUGAAAAAGUCUGCGGUAGGAAGAGUUCCCAUGCAGCCACUAACAAAUCCAGAUUUUGAUAUUGCUGUCAAAAAGAGUGACCUUUCCUGCAGUCAUCUGAAACGGCAAACUUCAGGAACAAGAACAAAUCAAAUGUUUGUGCCCUCAUUGUCCAAAUCAAGUAAGAAUGGUGGUGAUGGAGACUCCUACAGUCUCUUAAACCUAAAGUCAUCAAACAUCAGUCCUGAGAACAGCGGCGCUGAGCUGCCUAUAGUUUCUGAUUCAACAAUGACGCUUUUGAACAAAGUAGACAGAAAUGUUACUCCUGGAACAGAAGGCACUCCAUUGCAAGCACGGACUUCUGUAUCACACAAUAAAAAACAAAAAGAUGCACCAUCAAACCUAAAGAUGUCUUCAAGUCUGGAGCAAAGCAAGCCUAGGCCUAAAGACCCUCCAUCACAUGCCUUCAAAAUGCCAACACAAAUAAAUAGACAAGCCUUCCUUGAGGACAAGCGGUCACCUGCAGAACAUGCUCAGCAUCAAGUGCAAAACUCUAUUCCAGCACCAUCCAGACAGUCUUCAGAAAUGGUCUUUGAGACUCCAAAAUACAAAAAGUCUGGCUUGAAUACAAACAGCUGUGUUACUCCAGUUUUGAGGACAGACCAUCCAGCAAUGGGGCAAACGUUUACACCUUACAAUUAUGGGUCAUGUCAGCAUCCAGGCCAGCUGCAACAACCUUCCACUCCUUUCAGCCAAGUCAGCUAUGCACAACAGCCUCCUCAGGUUCCUGCGUUCUCCAAUGAGUCAGUUACAAUCAAAGGCAAAGCCUACUUCAUUCUCAAGCAAAUAGGAGUUGGUGGUUCCAGUAAGGUGUUCCAAGUUCUGGACACCAAAAAGCAGCUGUACGCUGUUAAAUAUGUGAAUCUCAAGGAAGCAGACAGCCAAACCAUUGAAAGUUACAAAAAUGAGAUUGAGCACCUUAAUCACCUGCAACAAUAUAGUGACCAGAUUAUAAAGCUUUAUGACUAUGAAAUCACAAACACUUAUAUCUACAUGUUAAUGGAGUGUGGGAACCUUGACCUUAAUACUUGGCUGAGAAGCCGAAAAUCCGUAAAUCCCCUGGAGAGAAAGUUCUAUUGGAGAAACAUGCUGGAAGCAGUUCAUACAAUCCACAAACAUGGUAUUAUCCACAGUGACUUGAAACCUGCCAAUUUUGUAAUUGUGAAUGCAUCACUCAAACUCAUUGACUUUGGCAUUGCCAACCGUAUCCAGCCUGAUGUGACCAGCAUUGUAAAGGAUUCACAGGUUGGAACCCUCAACUACAUGCCCCCUGAGGCAAUCAAGGACACCACCUCUUUUGAUGGAAGGUCUAAGAUCAGUCCUAAAAGUGAUGUUUGGUCACUUGGAUGCAUUUUAUAUUGCAUGACCUAUAGAAAGACUCCAUUUCAACACAUUACGCACCAGAUUGCAAAACUGCAAGCCAUAAUUGACCCGUCUCAUGAAAUUGAGUUUCCGGAAAUUUCAGAAAAGGACCUUCAGGAUGUCCUCAAGCGGUGCUUGGUACGCAAUCCAAAAGAGAGAAUCUCCAUCGCAGAACUUCUUGCGCAUCCAUAUCUCCAGCUGCAGCCACAGCCCACACCCGAACCAGUUCAGUUCAACAGUCAAGAACUGAAACAAAUCUUCAGCAGUCUUGCAGCUUUAAAUUCACCAAACAGCAUUUCAAGAGCUGCCAAUAACUUGGCAAAGAUGUGCAGCACUGGCAAAAAAUUUGACCCGUCUGAAUGCGUGAAACCUUCUACUAACUCCUCCUGAGACCAGGAUGGCUGUGACCGUUGCGGAAACUUAUGAACAUUUCUAACAUCUUUUCUGUCAGCCAAUCAUUGCUAUUUUUAAAUUACACUUCUCAGAACCCUCAACAGGGAUCUUAUCAGCAGCUGCUCGUUGUUUAGAUUUCUGACUACUGCUCUUGGAUGUUUCCGUAAAGGUUUUUAUUCUCAGUUAUGGUGUAUUUCUCACAUGUGAACACUUUGCUGUACAGUUGUUGGAGAUCUACACCCAGAAAGAGCUGGUGUAGGGUUAUAAACCAUUAUAAAACAAGAUGUACUCUAAUUGACAAACAUCCUACAUAAUCAUAUUUUGGAUAUUUAGCUACUUCAUCUCACUUGCCACUUUUUGUAAAUGCAUAUGUUAAAUAAAACUGUUCUUUGUAAGCCGCCUGUUAUUUUCUCAGGGGGUACCAAUUUAUACCAGUUUUCCAUGUAAAAGCAUUUGGCUCAGUUCUUGUAUAAUUGUGCAAAUUAGAUGGAAAGCUCAAUAUAAUCAUCUUAAGUGUUUAUUAAUAGUGUAUUGUAAGCCUAAAUGUACCUUCAUAAAUGCAUUUUAAUCCAG